AUGGCGGAUAAUAUCGGCCAGAACCUCGAUCUCGAAAAGAUCUUGGCUACACUCGCAAACCUUCCAAAACCAGAGGCUCAGCAAUACCAAGAUCAGCAACAGCCAUACGAGCCCAACCAGAGUCACCAGGGAUAUCAAGACGCUCAGCAAAUUUACUCCUCUGGACAAAGCAACACAUAUCAGCAAUCUGCUGAUCCACGACUGGCUGGUCGUUCGGCUCUACAACAUCGACAGCCGCCUCCCAAGCCACAGGACAGAGUCUCCUCCCCUUUCAUCGAUCCUUCAACAAUCACGGAAUGGAAGCAAGGCCUGCGUUGUGUGAGCAAGAUAGCUUCUCAGAAUCCCGACUUUGCUCCUGCCGUCCGUAAGUUGAUGAAAGACCAAGAGUCAAACGUCAAGUCUUGGGAGUCCGGGCGCAAGAAUCUCAUUGAUGAGCACAAGUUCAAGCGGGAGAAUGAGCGAACUAAUCGAGCUGCGUUGUCUUUGCCAGGUCUUCUGGAAAACACACCUUUACUUCGCACACCAGAACGCGAAAGAGAAGAACUUGAUCAAUACGACGCCAAAGUAUACCGAGCGUGUAAAGCCAUGGUAGACUCACAAACCUCGUCACUCAAGGUCUUGGGCGUUCCCUUUUUUGGUGUGAAGCCAUAUUUGGUAGUUGGCUCCAGCUACGAUCCAACUGAAGUCACGGAUCCGCAGUCAGCUCCAGUUAGUGGUAAAAUCUCAAAAGAGCAGCUGCUAGAAUUACAACGGAAAAUGCUGAACCACUUGAUGGAGCUAUAUGGAGAUUGA